AUGGGCGCGGCGCCCUCCCCUCCUCAGGCCCCCCUCGGUGGGGCGGGGACCUCCAUCCCCACUGCUGGGGCCGCCUCCCAGCGUCGUAGCGCUGGCGCCCUGAGCGCGCCGGGCCCCCUUCCUCCGCGCCCCCUCCCACCUCCCCCUCGGUCCCGCCCCGCCGGCAGCCCCGAUCCCCGCAGCUGGCAAGAGAGAGGGUGCGAAGGAAGCGAUACAAAGGGCGGAGCGGCGGGAGAAGGGGACGCCGGGGCUCGCGAGGACGGCGGCGGCGGCUCUGGCGGGCGCGGCGCGGGCAUGGACGCCGAGUACCCUGCCUUCGAGCCCCCGCUCUGCAGCGAGCUCAAGCACCUGUGCAAGCGGCUCCAGGAGGCGUACCGGGAGCUGAAGGAGGACCUCACACCUUUCAGAGAUGACCGCUACUACAGGCUGGCGCCCAUGCGGCUGUACACGCUCUCCAAGCGCCACUUUGUCCUCGUGUUCAUCGUCUUCUUCGUCUGUUUCGGCCUGACCGUCUUCGUCGGGAUCAGAGGACCCAAAGUGAUCCAGACUUCGGCAGCUAAUUUUUCACUAAAUAAUAGCAAAGAGCUAAAGCCAGUUCAAAUACUUUCAAACCCGCUGUCUACAUAUAAUCAGCAACUAUGGCUGACAUGUGUUGUCGAGUUGGAGCAUUCAAAAGAAACAGCUAUUCAGACAAACUUCACCAUGACCGUUAAGGUCGAUGGUGUAGCUCAGGACGGGACCACCAUGUUCAUUCAUAAUAAAGUUCACAAUCGGACGAGGACCCUCACGUGUGCAGGGAAAUGUGCAGAAAUUAUUGUGGCUCACCUCAGCUACUUGAAUUACACUCAAUAUACAGUGACUGUGGGAUUCAAACACCUGAAGGAACGCAUCAAGGAAAUGAACUUCACCUGGAAGACUUACGACCCUGCAUUUUCCCACUUGGAAAUUUGGUUCCGAUUCGUCUUUGUGGUGCUUACCUUCAUUGUCACUUGCCUGUUUGCUCACUCCCUCCGGAAGUUUUCCAUGCGAGACUGGGGCAUCGAGCAGAAGUGGAUGUCCAUUCUCCUGCCUCUGCUGCUACUUUACAACGACCCGUUCUUCCCCCUCUCCUUCCUGGUGAACAGCUGGUUCCCGGGGAUGCUGGACGACCUCUUCCAGUCUGUGUUCCUGUGCGCCCUGCUGCUCUUCUGGCUGUGCGUGUACCAUGGGAUCCGGGUGCAGGGAGAAAGGAAGUGCUUGACUUUCUAUUUGCCCAAAUUCUUCAUUGUUGGACUAUUGUGGUUGGCCUGUGUUACCCUCGGAAUAUGGCAGACAAUUAAUGAAUUACAUGAUCCAAUGUACCAGUAUCGUGUUGACACAGGAAAUUUUCAGGGAAUGAAGGUUUUCUUCAUGGUGGUGGCCGCCAUGUACAUCUUAUACCUUUUGUUCCUGAUCGUGCGGGCCUGCUCCGAGCUGCGUCACAUGCCUUAUGUAGAUCUCAGGUUGAAAUUUUUGACAGCAUUGACUUUUGCAGUGCUUGUCAUUAGCAUCGUCAUCCUUUAUUUAAGGUUCGGAGCACAAGUGUUACAAGACAACUUUGUAGCUGAACUGUCAACUCACUACCAGAAUUCAGCUGAAUUCUUAUCUUUCUACGGCCUGUUGAACUUUUACCUCUACACUUUGGCCUUUGUGUAUUCGCCCUCGAAGAACGCCCUGUACGAGUCCCAGCUGAAGGACAAUCCCGCCUUCUCCAUGCUCAACGACUCGGACGACGAUGUGAUAUACGGGAGCGACUAUGAAGAGAUGCCCCUGCAGAACGGCCAGGCCAUCCGGGCCCAGUACAAGGAGGGGUCUGAGAGUGACUGA